AUGGGUCUCGCAAACCACGACCUUCCACCCCCACCAUCGGGCAAGUACCCUGCCAAGGCACACGCCAGACGUGUGGCUGCCUUCAUUGCAGAGAACGGUGGACCCAAAGAAGGUGUUAUUUACUUGGAAGCGCAGAAGACUGCUAUGGUUGAGGCUGCACACUUCCGAUUCUUCUUCUACCUCUCUGGAUGCGCUGUACCAGACUCGUAUCUUGCAUACGAUAUCAAGAACGACUACCUGACUCUGUUCAUCCCUCCCAUCGACGCUGAGGAUGUCAUCUGGUCGGGCUUGCCGCUGCUCGAAAAGGAAGCCAUGGAGAAGUUUGACAUUGAUGCAUGCAAGCCAGCAACAGAAGUCAACUCCUACCUGACCUCUCCCGAAACUCCCCAUGGCACUAUCCUGGCUAUCCCCAAGCAAGUAGCAGACCACAUCACUUUCCUAUCCUUCGAAGAGACCAACUGGGACCUGCUCAAGAACGCUAUCGAGAGAUGCCGUGUUGUCAAGGACGAGCACGAAAUCGGCCUUAUUCGUCAUGCCAACGCCAUAUCCUCGCACGCUCACACCGAAGUCAUGCGUAUGGUCAAGAACGCACGCAACGAGAGAGAACUCAUGGGUACUUUCGUCGGCGCCUGCAUCAGCAACGGCGGCCGCGAACAAGCCUAUGGCUGUAUCUGUGCUUCAGGCCCCAGCGCUGCCACUCUCCACUACGUCCACAACGACUUGCCAUUGUCCGAGAAACUCAACUUGCUUAUCGAUGCUGGUUGCGAGUACAACUGCUACUGCUCAGACAUCACACGCACCUACCCCCUGCAAGGCAAAUUCACCCAGGAAAGCCGCGAAAUCUACGACAUUGUCGAUGAAAUGCAAGCUGAGUGUAUGAAAGCACUCAAAGCCAAUGUUACUUGGGAAGACCUGCACACUUUAGCCCACGAAAUCGCCAUUGAUGGAUUACGUCGCUUGGGCAUCCUCAUCGGCGGAAACAAGAAAGAGUUGUUCGACAGCAGAGUCUCUACUUUGUUCUUGCCUCACGGUCUAGGCCACUAUCUCGGCAUGGACACACACGACUGCGGCGGAAACGCAAACUACGAAGACCCGGACCCCAUGUUCCGUUACCUGCGCAUCCGUGGCCCCGUGCCUGCAAAUUCUGUGGUUACAGUCGAACCUGGCAUCUAUUUCUGUCGCUUCAUCAUCGAGCCCGCGUUGAAAGAGGACAAGUUUGCCAAGUUUGUGGACAAGAAGGUUUUGGAGAGGUAUUGGGAUGUUGGUGGCGUGCGUAUUGAAGAUGAUGUUUUGGUCAAGGAGGAUGGGUGUGAGAAUUUGACUACGGCGCCGAGGUCGUGGGAGGAGGUUGAGACUUUGAUUCAUUCUGUGUAG